UUAUGACGUUUGUCUUUGUGUGCGUGCAAGCGUGCGUGCAUGAUAAAUGAUAUCUUUACACUACUCUAGUGUAUCGAAAUUCACCGUUCUCGCGACUUGCAUUUUCUCCGUUCACUCUCUUCGAUCGGUAAAGCGAUUACAUCACACUCACUGUUUAUACGGGUCUUCUACCUAUACUCUGCCAACAAAGAUGUCCGAGGACAAGCGGAACGGCGUACAAGACGGUCUCUAUUCUGCAGGCGAAUUCGAAACUCCAGGAGGAGCAGGAAGCGACUUUGUGACGAUAAACGAGCGCGUCACGCGGCUAGCAACAGUGUUGCGUCAAAAACUCAAGAGUCAGAUACAGCAGUAUGGUGAGGAGCCGGUGCGUGAGCUGAUGCCGUUGUUGGUCGAGGUACUGGACACGCUCAACUCGGCUCUGCAGGACGACCGCGAGCACGUGUUCGAGUUGCAACAGUUGAAAGAGGAGAACGAGCAGUUGUUGAAGCAGUUUCGGACGGAGAAGGAAAAGAAGUCGCAAGCAGAGCAGUCAUUGAUUUGUCUGGAAGAUCAACUAGCUCAAGAGCGUAAUAAAAUGAAAGAUGAAAUGCAGCAGUUGAAGAACACCACACGACAGUUACAAGCCCAGUUGAAAAAUCAUCGAGAAAGGGCCGAGCGUGUAGAGCAACGGCAUGAGCAGCUUCAAGCCGAUUACAGUGGACUUCAAGUCAAGCACGGGAAUAUGAUGCAGCAAUACAUUAUGCUGGUGAGACAACCAGCAAAAGGGAUGCGCAGUCGAUACAUACGAGGUGUAUCAGAAGGGAUGGCCAUUACACGUUCACUGAAUAUGUCGCUCGAUGUUGGUCCAAUGACGGAAUUAGUUCAACAUGGUAGUCCGACUGCUCAGGUUUUGAGUAGUAGCCCUAAGGCUGGUUAUUCACCCAUUAGUGGAAACAGUCCUAGAGGUGGUUUGCGAUCACCCAGGAACAAAAAGAAUUUUCAGAGAGAGAUGUUGGAAGAGUCGAGUAAUGUGACUAAAGUGGAUGCAAGACGUUAUUCAGACUAUACUGUCUAUGAAUCAACUCAAAUGGAAGUUACUUUUAACUCAAAUCUGUUAGAAGUUGAUCGUGGUCUUGCAUUGGAGAGUGAAUCUCGAGGUGCACCAGUUGGAUCUUCAGAUACACUCAGUGCUGUGGGUGGUAGACCUGAUAGUAUGAGGCCAUUGGGAGCUGAGGUAUUAGCCGAGUCUGCGGACGAAUUGGCUGAUGGUCAAACUGCAUCUAUCAUGACUGGUGACGUUGAACAGACAGAUAUGGAAAUGUCUUUGAAAUCAGUAGAUUUCUCUGAUGUGGAUAAGAGAGAUGAAGAACUGUUUGCUCACGAUAAAGAGUGUGAGGUUAGUGCAUCUGGUGAAUACGGUUUAAUGAACGAGGAAUGUUUGUAUAAUGAAAUCGGACACGAGUCAGUGGCAGAAAUGGAUGAAUCAGCUGAAAUUACAAAGGUGAACUUGGAGAUUCAGGAACUUGUAGACGAAAACAAACGACUACAAGAAAACAGAAAUCAAAUUUCAAAGGAACACGACAAAUUGGCCACCAAAAUUGGUGUGUUAGUAAGUGAAAAGGACGGUCUGGUUGAAGACCUCGGAACUGCUCAGUCGGAAAACAGCUCAUUACAAGAUGAAAUCAAAAAACUGAAACAAUUGCUCGAGGCUGAGAAGCAGAAGUCUGCAAGCAUUGAAGCAGUGAAUCCUGAUGACCAGAAGAGGUAUACUCGACUGGAAAUGGCAAAGAUCCUUGAGCAGCGCGAUUUUUACAAAGAGAAGUUUUUGGAAAUGCAAGAAGAUAUGAGGCUUAACGAAGAGACGCCUCUUGUUGCAGCGAGAGGGAAGACUGAACAACGUUCUCCACUGUUUCGAUUCUUUCAAGGUCUCUUUCGAAAGCCAAGGCUUGAUAAUGUUCAGACAGAUUACGGCUCGUCAGAUGCUAUUGAUCCAGAGUUGUAUGCUCAGAUUAGAGGUUCGAGUGACAAGGGAAACACCAUAUUGUUUGAUUCUGAAGAAAGCAGGAUUCAUGCAUACGGUUGGUCACUUCCGAAUGCAGAAUUGAGGAAGUCUGUUGUUGGAAUGUCACUCUCAGUCGAAGUUUCUGGUCGUCGAUUGCCACUACCAGUUCAUCCCGUUGAGACAUUCUCUCAACCCAUUCCUGUUCCGAUUACAGCGGGACCUUUGAUGCAGCAAGACAAGAAUAUGAAGGUUACAUGUGCUGUUGCUCUCAAUUCGGUGGAGUGGUGCUGUCCGUCAGUUGAAAAAGUCAUUGUUCCCGGCUUGGACGCUCACAUCUGGUUGUGUGCUGCACCCGACGAUGCCCUAAAGAGCAACAACGUUGAGCAAGAAUUGGCUAGAGUUUAUGUCUUGGAUGCAAACAAGCCGACAGACAUAGUCGAGUCGUUUGGCGUCGAAAGAGAGAUCCUAUGUGCAGUGUCGGUGCCAGCGUUUAAAGAUCAACUCUCUCAGAAUGCCGAACUAGGUCCAACAGUGUGGCUCGGAGCGGUUGACGGGCUGUAUAUACAUUCAUCGGUCGACAACAGAGGACAGAGCAUUCGUGCAAUGAAUGUGUCUGCAACUAUACUGCACUUGCUGUACAAUCAGGGUAACGUUAUUGCCGGACGCAAUAAUGGCUCUGUGACGAUGUUUGCAAGACGACCCGAUGGAUUCUGGGACUGGGAUAAUUAUCAGAAUCUUGAGUUAGCAGAGAGGAGGGACGUACCCGUUGGUGCAUUGUCGAUUGUUCGUAACACAGUGUGGGCUGCACUGGAUCGCAAAGUGUAUGUGUUGGACGUCAAGAACUUCAAAGUCAUAGUAUGUUUCAUUGCUGUUUUGUUUAUUGUUGUCAUGCAAAUGGGUUUUUUCUUAGUUUUAGUAUCUAGAUCCAUCUGUUUGGCCAUUGAUCUGUUUGUCUGUCUGUCUGUCUGUCUGUCUGUCUGUCUGUCUGUCAAUCACAUACAUUUGAACUUUUAUCUAUGAUACAUUUUGCA